GCGGCAGCUUUUCCCUGAGGAUAUUCAACAAAUAUUCGACGACAGGCCAUUUUAUUCUUCCAUAUUUACUGUUUUAUUAACUGUAUUGUGUUUUAAUUAUUAUAUUAUUGUGAUAUUAUCUGUAUUUUCUGUUAUUAACCGUAUAUAUUUUGUUUUUCAGGUGUCGGAGGCCGGUGUGGGUAUACUGACACCCUGCGGUCCGACAUGGAGUUCUGGAGGAGUGAGGAUUAUCUACUGGAGGGGGCUUCUGGUUGUUCAGAAGACCCCAUCACUCUCCUGCCUUUUUGUGGCACUGAGGAGCUGAGGGCCGCCUGUCUGCAGUGGCAGGGUGAGGGUCCAGACCCCUGGAUGGAGCUCAGGAGGGUUCAGCACGAGUUCCUCGAGGGGAAGUUAAGGGCCCUCAUGGAGAAGCUUCCCCGUCCCAGGCAGCGUGCUGGUAGAGUCCUGGUGCCGGUUAGGGAGGCAGACCCCGCCCACAGGCUGGACUCUACUAAGCCUGGUAUCCAAGGUCCAGUUAUGCAGGCUGUGUAUGGCUUGGAUCACGUGGAGGACCAUGGAGGACAGUGCCAAGAAGCUCCAGCUCCAGACCUCACCACCACCUCUCAUCCGGAGCCAUCCAGGCAGGGAGACACUGCACUGUCACCCACUAUUAACACACAGGGAAGAACCCUUAAACGCCUCACCACCAACUUUAGGACGUCCACUGUGUCUCGUUGCAGGUCUCCUCGCCGAGUCCUGGUGCGUGUUCAAGAGGCAGAACCUUGUCACAGGCUGGAGCUUCAGGACACAAAGCCUGAACUGGAGCCAGUGCCAGCUGCACAGGACGAGGAUGACCUGGAGGUCCUGGAGGGCUGUGAAGAGCAACGAGAGACAGCUCCAAAGAGAAAGAGAGGAUGGCUACAGCACCUGCUCAGCUGCUUUAGGUGGACAGCAAGAAAGAGCAGAAAAGGUGAUCUGUAGAGGUUCUGGCUGUAGAGCUGUUAAAUACACACACACACACACACAUACAUACAGACAUAUAUACACACACACACAUACAUUGCAGGGUUAGAGUUUUGGUAAAUGGGCUGAGGCACACAGUAGGAUGUUAGCAGUAAUCUAGAUGAUGGGAUAGUGGUAUGUAGGCUGUGGGUAAUAUUCUGUGAUCUCCUAUGUCGUGAGCUUGGAGGGGGUGAGUCUGGGAUGCCAGAAUUCACUGCUGAGUCUUCCUGAGGUGUUCAGCGUAACGCUUAUGAAGGGAGGGGCUCAGCGGAUGACCUCAGUGAAGAGCUUGCGGCAUAGUGAAGGAUCAGUGUAUCAGUGGGAGAAGGGAAGGGUGGGUGUUUCAUGUUUGGGAUAAAUGUUGCUGAUUGGACGGUAAAUGGCCACAGCAGUGUAAUUGUAGGAGUUAAUGGUUCUCGUGUAGUGUGAUGUAAAUGAGUGGGAGAGUAGAGUAUAGGGGAAGGGAAUGGGUGGGGCUCUAGAUUUAACCACAGUUGCAUUACUUACAUAGAUAUAGAAAUAGACGUAGAAUACACAUAGAAAUACACAUACAAACACAAACACACAUACACAUACUAAUACACGCACACAUAUACACAAACAAACACACAUGAAUACACUCACACA